UACGCGGGGGAUCUUUGUCUCGACGACGAUGUCUCCCGCCCAGCGGACGUGACGAGCCGCUUUGACGUCGUCUUCUGGUGCGGGGACCUCAACUUCCGCCUGGAGCUAGAGCGCGCCGAGGCCGAGGCGCUGGCGCAGAGCGGCGCCCACGGCGACCUCGACCGGCUGCUCGCACACGACCAGCUCACGCCCAAGCUGCGCGACGGCUCCGUGUUCCGUGGCUUCAGCGAGGCGCUCAUCUUGUUCCCGCCCACCUACAAGUACGACGUGGGAGCCGACACCUUCGACAGCUCCGCCAAGAAGCGCGUCCCCUCCUACACGGACCGCGUGCUGUGCCGGGCGCGCGUGCCGGGCGAGGUGAACUCGCUGCUUUACACCUCCUGCCGCUCCAUCCGCACGUCCGACCACCGUCCCGUCUUCGCACUGUACAGCGUCAAGCUGAGGCCCGGCCGAGAUAACAUCCCCCUGUCGGCCGGCAAGUUCGUCCGCGACGUUUACCUGGAGGCCAACCGCCGGCGGGUCCAGAGGUCUCAGCGCGAGCUGAGACCCAGCACCGUGUGCUCCUUGAGCUGAGAGCGGCGGGGGGGGGGGCGUGCGGCCCAGGCCCCCCAGCCCCCCCCCCCCCCCCACGGCUCCUGGCCCCCCGCCACUGGGGGCUGGAGUCGGCCACCGCUGCGAUUGAACGGAGGAGGAGGAGGAAGCCGGGAACAGGGGGGCCGACGUGCCGGGAGGCAAUCGGGCGCUCGCCCAUCGGUUCCGUGCCUCUCCGCGCUCUCUCCGUCAGGGGAGCGCUGGGCCCCCUGGGGAGCAACAGAGCCGUGGUGGUUCCCCCACACGCCGGCAACGACGGCCUGAACCGCGACGGCCUGAACCGCGCUCCCGGACCCGAACCCCGCUCCCUCCCAUUCCGGGCGGCAUCUCGUUUGUAUUGGGCGUAAGAAUGUAAUUUAAAUUCGUCGUCGCUCGCCAUCUCGUUUGUGCUGUGGUGUGCAAGUCUUCCUGUCUCUCUGCCUCAUCUGCGGUACCGUCUGCAGUGAAUCCGCACCGUGUUGUCAGUAAUUCCUCGUCCCUGUUGGGCACCGUCACAUCUGCCCCGUCUACCUCGGCUGUUUCCUCUGUGCCUCCCCCUUGUGCUCGUUUUGGUCCCAACCCGUGAGCCUCAGUGGGACGCGUGCUCACACGCAAUUAGGAACGGAUCGCAUACGCACGCACGCACACACGGCUCCACGCGGCUCCACACACGCACACACGACUUCACGCGGUUCCACGCACGCACGACUCCACACACGCACACACGACUCCACACACACACAACUCCACACACGCACACACAACUCCACGCUCGCACGCACGACUCCAUGCACACGCACACACAACUCCACACACAACUCCAUGCACAUACACAACUCCACACACACAACUCCACACACACAACUCCACACACGCACACACAACUCCACACACACACACAACUCCACACACACACAACUCCACACACACACAACUCCACACACACACAACUCCACACACACACAACUCCACACACACACAACUCCACACACACACAACUCCACACACACACAACUCCACACACACAACUCCACACACGCACACACAACUCCACGCACGUUUCCUCCAUCUUCACACCUCCUGUUUUAUUGACUGCAAGGGUAAGGCCUCUUCUUUUUUUUCAUCAUUUUGAUAUUGGCAACAACAAAAGAAAUCCCACAGAGACGCUGUCUCCAUGCAUCCUCGGGGUUCGGGUUCGAACCCACCGGUACCCUUGCGUGCCAGGCUGGGGGAGACGUAACAUCUCUCAAAAGCGCUGUCUCAAACCGCCACGUGAAAGUGCAUCCUUCACAGAGCCAGGCGACCCCCUGAAUAUUGGAUCGUUCCACAUUUGCAUUGUUUUGUUCGUUUUCAAAUGUACCCUCGUUGCUGCAAAUUAAACCGAAUUCUUUGGCGAUGCUGCUACGGCGAGAGGCACGUGCAGCGCUCAUGAAGACGCCGUGUGCUCUUAGAAAGGACCGAUUUAUUACGGCCACUGCAGCUUCGUACAAGUGUAUAUUUUUAGGCCGCCGUGUUAUUGACGAACGUGCCGAGCGGUUUCUUUAAGUUAUAAACUAAAAAUA